UUUGAAUAUCGUUACUAUAAAAACACGUUUUGUUUUAUGUUUUUGUUGUUAUCUUAUAGUUAAUACAAAAUUGAUUUGUUUUGUUUAAUUGUUGUCCAAAUAUAUAUUUGUAUAAAUGAGGACUAAAUCGGUGAUCAAAAAAGCAGAUCUGAGCGCCAAACAGUUGGACAAUAAGACGAUAAAACCAAUUGGUGGCCAAAAGGUGUGCAACCGAUGCAAGAAUCACAACGUGAAGACACUAUUCAAAGGUCACUCCGAGUGUCCAUAUAAGGGAUGUCCGUGUGUUAAGUGCAAGAAUUACGGCCUAAGAUUGAAACGCAAGUGUGAGUUAGCGAGGCUUAAGAAACCACAAACAAGAGCUGUCACACAACAGAUGGAUAAACAUAAAGAUAACGAGUUAUCGAAAUCGAUGUCCAAUAAACAAACGACUCAAAAGAAAUCGCUAGAGAUUAACACAAAUUCAUCGAAGAAGUCGACGGCUAAGAAAAGAAUUAAUGGCAGAACUGGUGGAACUCGGAAGACACAGAUUACUAAUACAGAGACUAAUAGUGAAACAGAUGGUAAUGGGAAUAACAACGAUGACAAUGAUUUUCCUCCGCAACUAAUACCUGAACAGACUGUGACGACACCCGAUGAAGUCAAUCAAACUCAAAGUGGUGACAAUCAGACCGGUUGUCGAUCUGACUAUCUGUGCGCUCAAUAUUUAAAGUCCAGUCAAGAAUUAUCGCAAAAGUUGUCUAAUUCUCCGUUUUCUGAAAGUGAAUUAAUGGCUUACUUGAAAUACUCGGUCUUAAGUGACUGUUUAGGUGACGUCAAUUUGGCCACACAACGCAUCAUUUGCGCCGCUCAAGAGCUUAGAAGGGGCGCAGCUUUUAUGGUACAAAAUCCGAACCUUACGAAUGAAGACAAAGGGGACACAAGUAAUCGCAAUCAUCAGUCAUUCAAUCAUCGAAAUGGUGAACCAAAAGAACCGGUAACUAAUGGUCGACAAUACUGUUCGACAUUUAUCAAUAACCAUCAGUCAAAAGCUAUUGUCAAUUACAGUCCAGCAAUGACUCCGAUUCGUCCGAAUUAAGUCCGAAAAGUUUUAGUAAAAAACAUUUUACGGAAUCAUUUCUAAUCAAAAACAUUUGUAAUUAUUUUUUUAAAUCACA